AUGUUAGUGCAGCGGAACGGACCAGUAGAUGGGGCGGAAACGGCUUGGAGUGGGGCCAUCGGAUACGAGGGACCUGUGAGAACUCUGCAUCGGUGGGGCCGUCGCCGACGAUGUGCCGUGGACCAACCAGGGACGGUGUUUUGCCAUGCACAGACCAGCCCUUUGCCCGAUUCAUUCCCGACUGUGGGCCCGGGCCUGGAUUGCUCGUGCCCCCAUUCCGGACGUCCUCCGACCUGUUGUCCCAACGAAUGUCUCCACGCAUAUGUUACACCCGCUGAAAUUGUUGGAACGCGCCAUCAUUUCAUGAAGAUUGCACCGCUGCAGCCUUAG